GGACGAGCCCUGCUGGACCCCGGUCCCUUAGCAAUGGAUGUCAGCGCAGAACUUCCGACUCCGCGGGAAAGCUGCGGGGGACCGGGCCGGGACCGGGACAGUGGGCAGCCUCCGCGCCGGGCACCGCGGGCGAUGGACUACGACCACAACAAGGCGCUGCUGCUGGAGCUGCAGAGGGCGGCCGGGACCGGUAACGAUCGCUGCGCCGACUGCGGGGACCCAGAUCCAGAGUGGGCUUCUUACAAACUUGGAAUAUUCAUUUGUUUGAAUUGCUCUGGAAUUCAUCGCAAUCUUCCUGAAAUCAGCAGAGUCAAAUCCCUUCGGCUUGACUUCUGGGAGAGCAAUUUAAUAGAGUUUAUGAGGAAUCAUGGAAAUCUCUGGGCCAAAGCUAAAUAUGAGGCAAAGCUCCCUCCGUACUAUUACAUCCCCAAGUCCCACGACUGCAUGGUUUUAAGACAGCAGUGGAUUAGAGCUAAAUAUGAGCGUGGGGAAUUUCUUGACACUGGAGUCUGCCACGAUCCCUGUUCUGCAGGCAGCCGUGAAGGAUGCCUCUGGAAGCUUGGGAAGGGACGCAGACAGUUCCAGAAGAGGCAGUUUCUCCUGUCAGCAAAGGAAGGGCUGAUGAAGUACUACACCAAAGAAUCCAAAGUUCCAAAAGCCGUUAUCAGCGUUGAGACUCUGAAUGCAAUGUUCCAGGUGGAGAAAAUAGGACACAAUCAUGGGCUGCAGAUCACAUACAUCACAGAUGGUCAAACAAGGAACCUUUUUGUCUAUCACGAAAGUGGAAAGGAGAUUGUUGACUGGUUCAAUGCUAUUCGGGCAGCACGUUACCAUUAUCUCAGAACAACCUUCCCAAAUCUCCCUGAGCCUGAGCUCAUACCCAGGAUCACAAGAAGUUUUGUCAAAGAAGGAUAUAUGGAGAAAACAGGACCAAAACAGAAGGAGGCCUUUAAGGUACGCUGGUUCUGCUUGGAUUCUCAGGAAAGGAACCUGCUGUACUUUAAAAAUCCACUGGAUGCAUUUGCACAGGGCCAGGUUUCCAUUGGAAGGAAGGAUGAGGGAUAUGAAGUACGAGAUGAUUUGCCCCAGAAAGUCUGGGUGAAGAAGAAGAAGCCAGUGAUCACUCUGGUCACGCCAGUGAGAGAGUUUGUGUUUAUCUGUGACAAUGACAGGCAGCAGAAGGAGUGGAUGGAUGCCUUGAAUGGAGUCAUCACCCAGCUCUGAUGUCCACAGGGAGGAGCAGGCAGGCAGCUGCAUUCCACCUAGCUGCAGCUUCUGGCCACACAGGAACAGGGUUGUUUUCAGCAGAGUGGGAUAAAUGUUUCUUACAGCACUACAUUUCUGGCACA